CAGCCGGAAAAGGGAAGCUUUGGGCGGUGCGUGGCUGCCUCGCCUCCCCUUCCGCUGCCUGCUCCGCCCGGUUGCUGCGGAGCGGGGCGGCCGUGCAGGUGGAACCCGGCGGUGUUCCUGUGUCCCCGGGGCUGCCUUCCCAACAAAGCUGCCUGCAUCCCUUGGGCUCGCCUCAGGGCCGAGGCUUUAGUUUUCGGCAUGGCAGUGGACUGGCUCGGCUUUGGCUACGCCGCCCUGGUGGCAUCAGGAGGGAUCAUUGGCUAUGCAAAAGCAGGCAGUGUUCCAUCACUAGCUGCUGGCCUUUUCUUUGGGAGUUUGGCUGGACUGGGUGCUUAUCAGGUCUCACAGAAUCCAAACAACAUUUGGGUUUCUCUGAUUACAUCUGGAGCAUUGACUGCUGUCAUGGGAACAAGAUUUUACCACUCCAGAAAAUUCAUGCCUGCAGGGCUAAUUGCUGGUGUCAGUUUACUAAUGGUUGGAAGAUUAGCACUGAAGAUGUUGGAAAAGCCCCAGGAAAAGUAACUGUUCAUUUUACAUCUUAGUAUUUGGGAAAGGAAACCUGAUCAUGAAAUUGCGUGAAUGCAGAAGUGAGAAGAUGGAAAAAUUUUCUGCAUCAACACAUUUUUUAAUCUUUUUUUAUGAGGGGAAGUACGAUGAUGGGACAGAUAGUUUAUAUACAAGGUAGGGAUGUUUGUGUGUAGAGAGAAAUGGGUCCUGGGUUUGAUUUUUCUGGCAUGUUUCAAUGUAUUUUAACACUUACAUGUUUUUAUGUUCCAAAAUAUACUUUUGGCAUGUAUGAAGCAGAGAGAAAAUAUCCUGUAAUUAAGAAAAUAUCCACAAAGAGGCACCAGGAGUAACUGGCUAAAUACAAUAGUGUGUCUCAAACCUUUUACACUGAGUAUUAUGGUGUGCUUUACCUGUUGCAUUCUGAAUUGAUAUACCAUGUCUUUAUAAUGUCCGACAGAUCUUGCCUUUUUAUUGUGAAAUGAUGCUAAAAUGAUGCUUUUCUAUAAGUAAAAUUUGUUACAAACUGUUAUUUGGCCUUUUUUUUGGUACAGUUUCUGUGUUUGGGGACAGGGCUAUUUUUUCACCUUGUUUUCUCAGUGGAAGUCCUUGCAGUGGACUGUUAGUAUCCAAGUGCUGUCUUUCAAUGAUAUUUAAAAAUCACUUUAUAAAUGGAGGGAUAGAAGAUUAAAUUAUGAGCCUUCAUUAACAUUUCAUUUAAGAAGUUGUUUGAAAGGAACUUACCCUGAGGAUUAAUUGAGAUUUGUACUAGGUUAAAUGAACAGUUGAAUGUGAUCUAGACUGUAUAACGGGAGUAAAAUACCCUAAGACUAUGUAAUUCCGAUCUUACAGGCUUAUUUGACAAUAGAAUGCAUCAGCAUUUUAUUUUUAUCUCUUAGGAGAGUGGCUGUGCCUCUUCAAAUGUGUCUUUACUAGGAAACCCUGGAGUCAGAAGGGUUCCUUGUUCUGCUGUGAUGCCUGAGGACUGAAGAGUGGAAGAGGCAUCAGUGGCAUCUGGUGCUUUUUUUGUCACUCCAACCUUGAUUGCUUCUCCUGCACUGAGUCUUGCAGUUCUGUUAGUGCAGGCACAGCUCACAUGGGCUUAGCACUGUGAUGGAAGGGAGAGGCAAGAAAUGUGUGAAAGAAAGUCCUUUAUCAGCUUAUUCUUUAGUGACACAUAAUUAUUGAUAAAUUAGGAUUCUUACCAAGUGUAACUCCACUUUAAAGUGAUACUUUAUGUAGUGACUAUUUAGGAUUUUACUUUGGGACCUUUGUACCACUGAUUAUGUCAGAACCUUGCCAACUGCUUAACAUGAUAAUGGCAAAGCAGAUUUAAAUUAACUUACAUGUUGCACACUUUCCAUUUUGUAGUGUUUAAAGGAAUUGAUAAAAAGUGUCUCAAACUGCAUAAAGCAGAUACUAAACUACAUAAUUUUUCCAUUUUGUUGGUCACUUCAGUGCUUGCGUUUCCUUUUCUGAAAAUGGCAUUUAGUAGUAUUGAGUCAGAGUGACAUUUCUACUGUUGUGAGUCAAUGGUUACCCACAUGGUAGUAGACAGGAAGUUAUUGUAGUAGAAAGUAGUAAUUACAAGCAGAUCUAUAAAUGUUGGGCCAGUUGUGCUGUGUGUUAUCAGUUUUAGCAAAAGUUAUAAAAUUAAUUCCAGGCUUUUGAAUAUAUUUCAUAUUGUAACCUCUCUUGUUUCCAGGCACUUAAUCUCUAAAUAACCUGAUCUGUACAGGAUGAAUCUCCAGGGAGCAACACUGAAAACAUGUUAAAGCAUGUCUGAAAUUCUAGUCUCAGUUAAAUCAUUGUCUCUUUUGACUAUACUUUAAGCAAAAUCUAACAGAAGUUUUUUAAUUACUUUUUUGUGUAUUUAAAUCACCCCAUGUAAUUGAAUAGAAAAUUCUGUCAUUGAUAGAGAAUUUUCUAGAGCCAUUCAAGAAUUAAAGACAUAAAUACCCAUUCUCCAGA